CCGCCACCUCCUGAUCGCGCACGACGGCGACCCGACCCGCGACGUCCUCUGUCGCCAGGAGCUGAUGCCGCUGCACGACGAAUACACCAUCGUCAUGCUCGCCGGCGCCCGUGGCGAGAAAGAAAUGGUGAUUUUACAGAGUUUUGGUCGCAGCGACACAUGGUGUAUACACUCUUAACUGUGAACCAGCAAAUUUUGCCUAGUAACUAUCAAAGAUUUGUGUUGUUGUAAAUUAUCAAGAAUGUUUUAAGUGUUACUAAACGCCGUGUAUAAUUACUUAACGGUUUCCUAGUAACCACAAUUUACCACGUCUCCUCGUGGUCUGCAGCUAUGGCACCAGAUUCACGUUGACUUGGUCGUCCUUUUUCUGGCGGCUACCGGUGACUUCGACCUAAUCAACACCAUGUUCGGUGGGGGCAGCACGAUGAUGCCCUUUAAGCACGUCACGCCCAUCCUCGUCAUCUACACCACCGCGCUGGGGCUGGGUAGCGACCCUGACGGCCGAGCAGACGUAGAAACCAUCGUCUCGGCUCUCAGGGGCAUGGGGUGGAUGCACACGUCUAUCGCGGUGCAGAAGCACGACGGCUCUCGUCUCCGGACGGUGCCGGUAUAUCUGUCGCGGCCGGGUUUCGUGCCCGGCUCGCGGUGUGGUUUUGGCCCGUCCACGACGACGCUGGCGUUGUUGUGGUCUGCGGGCCAGACCCUCACUGCGGAUGCCGUUGGAUUCCUGAAGCCCCACAGACCGUAUCCCCUUAACGGCUGCGACGUCCACGUCGCGUCGCUCGAGAAUCCCCCCUUUGCGUACGCUGACCCGGCGGGUGGCUUCCAAGGCACUGACAUCUCCUUGGUGGACUACUUCGCUACUGACAAAAAUGCAACCGUGCACUUUAAGCCGAUCACGGCAGCAAUGAACUCCAUUGGACUACUCAGCACCGGGUUCCAGGAGAAGGACAAAGGCAGUUUUUACGAUGCUCUGAAGAAGUAUGAUGUGGUGGUGGGUGGCCUGUUACCUACCGUGGAGCGCUCCAAAGUCUUCGACUUCACCGCCCCCUACUCCCAGGAGUCCCAGUGCGUCUUCCUGACGGCCAGACUACCCGUGGACGCGUGGCGAUACCCGUUCGUUGUGCUGAGUCCCCAGGUGUGGGCGGCAACGUGCGGCCUCAUGUUGCUGUUGGUUGUCGUCCUCCAGGCGAUGGGCACCGGCGGUUUCGACAGCCUUAUUAUUCUCCUCGGCGUCCUAUUUGACAGCGAGCCCAACCCCAAGCUUAUUUCUAGGCGCAAGCAGACUGUGUUUCUUGUCUUCCUGUGGACCAUCUUCUGUAUGCACUUCAACUCGGGUUAUCGCGCCAGCCUCUCCAUGGCCUUUAUCAAUCACAUCAGCAAGCCUGGGCCCAGCAGCUUCCGAGAAGUCAAGAGGGUCGGGUUCCUGUUUGGCAUAGCCAGUUACCUGCUACAGGAGGACAACCAGGGCACGCGAGAGAUCGGCCCACGACUUGAGACCUGCAACAGCUUCAGAAACUGUUCCGCGGAAAUUAAGAGUGACCCGGAGAAUAUGGGCCUCGUCAUGUCGGAAGUCUCAAUGUGGUAUUCUACUCCGCGUUAUUUCCUGGACGACCAACUCAAAAGCCUUCUCAAAAGAAGUGAGAGCCUGGCCACGUUCUUUAUCAUUUUUCUAGUCCACAAGAGCUCACCUCUUCGCGAGCCCCUUGACGACACACUGGCAAAGACGCGCGAGUUUGGGAUCAACAUCAAGGCGUUUAACGACAUUAAGAGGAACCUGACACGAAUUAUGGAGAGGAAUUACCGCGAGCGCCUUCGCACGGUCGACCACAAUGGCUUCUUUCUGGUAUUCGGCGUGUGCGGUCUCCUAUUCGCUGGCCUCGCCCUAGCCGCGCUGGUUUUCUGUGGGGAGCUGGUGCAUCACAGGCUAAGCCAGUCCGCUCCCUGUUCGCCACUGGUUUGCAAGCUGCUGGCUGGACGAGUAUAUCCGCAACGAACACAUUCGUCGCGUGACACACUCUAAUACCCUGGACGACCCUGGAGCUAAAAUUAAAAUUAUUAAUUACUUCUCAUAAAAUUGUGAGGUUUUGUCUUGAGUUCUUAGACAGUCCCCAAGACUGUCAACUACCAGAAGGGAAAACCGCGCCCUUCACCCCCUCCUCUCAAUGGGUCUAUCCCGCGUUUCUACGACCUUGUGAUUCCGGACCAACCCAAAACCAGUUGUCCGGCCUACAUUUUGUACGACCUACAUUUUCUACCACCUAUUUUUGCUAGAACCCGUGUAGAACAGGAGGCCCAAGGAGGACAUAAAGAUGUACUUAAAGUGCAGCGAGGGAAAGAUCGCGACUAUGACGAAGUGCAGCCCCACGUAACAGUAAAAACGUUAACAAUUCUUGUUAACUAUAAACGGACCCGUAGUUAAGAAAAUUUUCUAUUUUAUAGUUUUGAGCAAUAUUUUUUUA